AUGCCUUCCCUAACGGUCCUCAUACCUCUGGUCAUUUUGAUCGCCCUACCUCUGAUAGGAAAACUUCUUCGCACGUUUCUUGGAUGGUCUCUUCGAAAACGAACAGAAGGUCGCCGCGCCCACCUUCUGGCCCUCAUGACAGAGGAGGACACAGCUGCUCGUCGCAAGGACCCCCGAGGUAGCGCUGAGACGAAGCUCGUAUUCGACGUUGACGAUAACCUGCAAAACACACUGAGUAGCCAGAAAGACUGGGCUGGCAUUGUUGGGUUCUUCCAUCCAUUUUGCAACGCCGGAGGUGGCGGAGAGCGAGUUCUCUGGGCUGCGAUUCGGGCUACGCAAGACCGUUGGCCAAAAGCGAAAUGCGUAGUCUACACAGGAGAUCACGAUGUUACCAAAGAUGCGAUUUUAUCUCGAGUCAAGACAAGAUUCAAUAUUGAGCUUCACGCCCCGACGAUGACUUUCCUCUACCUCUCCAAGCGAGACUGGGUUCUUCCCUCUACAUGGCCUCAUUUCACAUUGAUUGGCCAGUCUCUUGGUUCUCUCGUUCUGGCUUGGGACGCUUUCUCUCUACUGGUUCCGGAUGUCUUUAUCGACACAAUGGGCUAUGCAUUUGCUCUUGGUCUCUGCAAGUUUCUAUUUCCGAAGGUUCCGACUGGAGCGUACGUACACUAUCCCACAAUCUCUACCGAUAUGCUCGAGUCUCUCGAUGUAAAGGAGGAUGCAGGAACCCAAGGUGCGCAUGUGGGCAAGGGCGCUGGAGCUCAAGGCUUUGCCAAGAAGAACUACUGGAAGCUCUUUGCGGUUAUAUACUCUUGGGUUGGCUCAUCAGUUGAUAUCGUCAUGACCAACUCGACUUGGACCCAAGGUCACAUCAAGAGCUUAUGGGGCCCAUACCGGAAAGAGAAGAGCAAGACGGAUCCGAUUACAGUCGUCUACCCCCCUACCGCAGUUCGAGAGAUGGAGCAUGAAGUCGAGGUUUCUGAAGAGAGCGAAAAACGACGAGAGAAGGCCAUUGUCUACCUUGCGCAAUUCCGACCCGAGAAGAAUCACCAGCUCAUAUUGCGAUCAUUCGCUACCUUCAUUAAGACGAAGAGCGAGGCAGCCAAGGGUGCAAACCUAAUCCUGAUUGGAAGUGUGCGAGAUGACUCUGAUGCGAAACGUGUGUACCAACUUCGACUUCUUGCCAAUGAAUUGGGUAUCAAGAACAGCGUCAAGUUUCAUUUGGAUGCUCCUUGGUCAGAGGUCCUCGACUGGUUGAGAAAGGCGUCCGUAGGCGUCAAUGGCAUGUGGAACGAACACUUUGGUAUUGGCGUUGUGGAAUACCAAGCUGCUGGACUCAUUUCCGUAGUACAUGACAGCGCUGGUUUCCAUGCUACAACGGAAGAGGAAUUCGCUCAAGGCUACGAGAAAGCCUUGUCGCUACCAGAUCCUCUAUCAUUUCGAUUGCGGGCACGUGAGUCGGCCAAGAGAUUCACCGAAGAGGAGUUUGCAAAGAAGUGGACAGUCCAGAUGGCACGUUUGGUAACGCUGGCUAGACGAGAGGCGUAG